CGCAGCCACCUCCAGGCUGAUAUCUGAGCCCUGCUUUCUACACGGACAAGCCUUUCGGAGGCAGCCAGCCUAUGGCUUGUAUCAAACUCUAUAUUUAGGAAGAACAACUGUGAGCUAUGACAGGAAUUCUCUUUAACACUUAGCCUUAAACCGAGUUCCCCUCUAGCCCCAAGCCAGGAGCGGCUCUCAGGACCGGAGAGACACAGAGCACUCCAGCUAUUCCAGCCGCCUGAAAAGCGCUGGAAUUGAGAUCGCAGCUCAGACGACACCGGGAGUCCCUUCUACCCUCUAAAGAGCUUUGUGUUUUUGCACCUGACUGCCUGGGACUGUCCUUAGGCAGUAAACAAAUCCAGAGAGAAGGGAUAAGAUCUUGUGAAUAUGUCGAAACAGCCAGUUUCCAACGUCAGAGCCAUCCAGGCAAAUAUCAAUAUUCCAAUGGGAGCCUUCCGACCAGGAGCUGGUCAGCCCCCCAGAAGGAAAGAGUGCACUCCAGAAGCAGAGGAGGGGGCUCCUCCCACUUCGGAGGAAGAGAAGAAGCCAAUUCCUGGAGCAAAGAAACUCCCAGGACCUGCUGUCAACCUAUCAGAGAUCCAGAAUAUUAAAAGUGAACUGAAAUAUGUCCCCAAAACGGAACAGUAGUUCAAAGGGGGAAAAGGGUUGAUGUGAAGAACUAAGGAGGAAAAAUGGAUUAAAAUAAAUGCACUCCUUAAAAAUUUUA